GCGGAGGGGGCGGGGUGCGGGCCGGCGGCGGCGGCGGCAGCAGCAUCAAAGAGCCCCGAUUCUUGCCGCCCUGGGAGCCAUGCGCUGCUGUCUGUAAUGUCAGCGGAACAGGAGAAGGACCCCAUCGCGCUGAAGAGAUCCCGAGGUGGUGACACUGGAUUGGAUGGGUUAGGAGGACCAGGAGUUCAGCUUGGAAGCCCUGAUAAGAAAAAGCGCAAAGCAAAUACACAGGGGUCAUCAUUUCCUCCUCCAUCUGAAUAUGCUCCACCACCGAACCCAAGCUCUGACCACCUUGUAGCUGCAAAUCCAUUUGAUGACAACUAUAAUACUGUGUCUUAUAAACCACUUCCUUCAGGAAAUCCAUAUUUUAGUAAUCCUGGUUAUCCUGGUUUUGGAGGCUAUAACACUUUCAGAAUGCCACCUCACAUGCUGCCCAGAGUGUCCUCACCAUAUGGUGGUUCUUACUCCCUCAGAAACCAACCACAUCCUCUUCCUCAAAACCCUGUUGGCAUGGGUUUUAGUCGACCCCACUCUUUCAGCUUUGGUCCACAUGAUAAUCCAGGUUUUGGGAAUCAACCACCUUAUGGCAGUGGUCAGAUAAAUCAAAAUGUCAAUAUGUCUGCUCAGCAUUUCAGACCAAAUCCUGGGGAGAACUUUGGCCAUUCUGGUCAGAUACCUCACCCUGAUGUGCCAGCUAACUUUGGUCCUGGAAACAAUCCAAAUUUUCCAAAUUCUCAGCUAGAGUCAAACCAUUCUUUUGUUCCUCCACCAAAUACUUACAACCAGACAAAAUCAUCAGCACAAAAGCAAGACUUUAGUCAAGGUGCAAGCAAAGCAUCCAGCCAGAACACUGCUGCUCAUCAGCAUCAUCACAGGACAGAGGACGUUGUGAGUCAAGGUAACAGUGACCUGAAAAAUGUUACUCGAAACAAUGUGGUAAAUCAGGAUAACAGCCAUUCUAACAGUGCUGAUAACACCAAUGCUGGCCACUCAAAUGGGACUCAGAGCAAGGCCCGCCAGCCUCGAGGUACUGCUGAAGGAUGCAACUCUGAAAAGAGCAGCAAAACAGCCCUCCAUCCCAGUCGUCAUGGACACUCAUCCUCUGAACCCGUCUACCCGUGUGGAAUUUGUACACACGAAGUCAAUGAUGACCAGGAUGCCAUCCUGUGUGAAGCCUCCUGUCAGAAAUGGUUCCAUCGGAUCUGUACAGGCAUGACAGAGUCAGCCUAUGGCCUUCUCACGGCAGAGGCAUCGGCGGUGUGGGGCUGUGACACUUGCAUGGCUGACAAGGAUGUGCAGCUAAUGCGCACGAGAGAGACUGCAGGACCACCUGCACUGAACACAGAAGGCUGACAGCCUGAAUGGGUGCUAGUGGAGCAAAUACUUGCAAUGAAAAUUCGGUUACAAAUUGGGUACUUCACUUUCUGCAGACAAUCACUUGUGUUUGAUUGCUGUCAUCUUUUUCCCCCUAAUCUGUAUUCAUUCAUAAACUUCCAUCUCAGAUUUUGUACUCUUAGUUUUAUGCGUGCAAAUGUUUUACAGGAUGGAAUAUUUUUUGUUUCUGAUUAAACUGUAACUGACAAUUGAUCGGAAGUAGGAUGAGCAUUGACAAUAUUAUUGAAGGAAAAAAUGUGCCUGUAUGAAUAGCCCUAAUUUGCUAGUGUGUAUUAAUGUGUUAACUAACACUAGCAUUUAGUGCUUAGUUUUAAUGGUACUAUAUUUGCAAGUACUCAUGACUUUGUUUUUUUCUUUUGGCGUGAAUGUCUGUUAUUGAUAUUCUUACUAGCCUUUCUUUGAAUAUAGUAGACAUGACAUGGAGGAAUGUGCAGUACUAAUAGUUGUUAUUUUAGGGUAAAUACAGAGAAUGUGCUUUUUCCUAUUUUUGAAGUAAAGCAUUAAUGUGCUAUUCAAAAAUCAUGAAUUCAUGCUUAGUAACACAAUGAAACCUGCUAACUAUUACACAUUUCUGUUUCCUAGAAAAGGCAAUAAUCUCUUGACUUCUCAGCAAUUACAUGCUGAAGACUCUUGAUAGGCCUUGCAUUAUUUGGAAAUUGUUGUGAAAUAAGAUUAAAUUGGAAAAAGAACACA